AUGGAGACUCCAGCCUCUCCCUCGAGUCUGUCUCAACACCUUCCCAUCCGCACCAAGGAUUCCAACGGCCUCCAGCAGCCAGAUCCAGCCCAGAGUGCGGAAGAAGCUGAUAAGGAACCAGCUAAUACUGAAAACCCUCAAUCCGAAGCCAAGGAAGGGGAGGACGAUGAGCGAAUGACUACCACCGUCGACUGGGUUGAGCCUGAGCCCAAGAAAAAGAAGAAGAGAAAGACCCGUCCCAAGAGCAAGCGCGGAAAGAACAAGCCUACCGGGUUUGAGGAAUUCUACGUCGAUGCCCCCAUCACGCCGGAAGAGCACAAGGAGGAGAGAAGCAUAUACGAUGUCGAGCGACCUAUCAUCCAUCGGAUGGAAGAUGCUAUACUGCGCUUCCAGAAAAACCGCCGGAUCGAAUCAGAGAGACGGGAGAUCUUUACCAAAUACCUAUCCUAUGGCGGCGUUGAUGUUGGCCCCAAGAUGUUUGGGGGUGUGGAUGAUCGCGAGCUCCAAGAAAUGGACAGUGAGCAGAUCCUCAUGGCCCGAGGCCAGACCAGCAUCAGACAGGAUCGCGCCGAUCUGGCUGUUGAUUUUAAUGCUGUGGUCAAGGGAUAUCUGACAUCCUUUUUCCCAUUCUACUUCAACCCUGAAACUGAAGACAUGGUGAAACUGGCCACCGUUACGAUACGGAACUUCCUCUCCUACAUCCUCUACCACGAUGUCUGCCCAGAAUACAAAGAGAACAUUGACGAGGCCCGAACUUCCUGUGACAUCGCAGGCAAAGAACUCUGGAACAACCAGCAGAUCACGGCCGAGGGACCCGGCAACUUCAACACGGCUGCAUCCACGCUCUUCGGCGGCUUCUUCUUUGACCUAUACGUCGAAGACAACAAAUGGGAAAACACAAAGGACGAAACCUUCCGUAUGUCCAACGACAUAGCCCGGAAAGUCGUCAAGUUUGCCCUGGCCGGCACCGGCUCAAACGAGCAGGCAAUCAGAUUCCAAGAACUCGCCAACACCAACGCCCUCCGCGCCAUGCGAGUCGAGGACAUUGACGGCUUCGAAGUCACAACCGUCAUCCUACCUGAUGACAAGACCCGUGAAUUCUACCAGACCCACGCCUCGGACCUUUACCCCGUCGGACGUCUCCUUGCAAGGGCAUACCGAGACCCAGGGAAGCCUGGCUUCGACCUGAGUCCCGAGGAAAGCUUGGAGUGGGAGAAUGGCGGGGCACCAAUGCAUGAGUUUGAGUUCUUUCUCGAGGAGAGUCUGCUCAAGUACUGCUACCCUGGAAUGAAGGUGAUGACUUCUGUGUGGGAGUUGAAUUGUGGCUUGCACUUUUUCGAUGAGAUUUUCACUGCCUAUUCUUCGUUAUACACGGUUCUUUUUAAUGAUCUCAUGCUGGGAUGGAAGAAACCGAAGGAUCUCAGGGGUGGUGGAGAUGAUGGUGAUGAGGAGGUUGAUGGACAUGAAAAGGAGUGUGAUUCAAAGGAAGCUGAGGAUGGGGACAUAGAGCAGACCCUGUAG